AAAAUAGAGACAGAGAAAAAAAAACAGAGGAAGAGAGAGAAAAACAGAGAAAAAAACAGGGGAAAAGGUUGUUUGUUCAACAAGAAAUCUCAAAUUUUUCAAGAACUUUCAAAUGCCCUUGUUUUUUAGUUUGUCCUCAUCAUCUUCUUCUGUGAAUUCCCUUUGAUUCUGAGUUCAACAACCACAUUGGAGGGUGUUGAUGUAGGGGCUCUCCCCUACCAUCACCAUCAUCCAAUUCUCUUAAAUGGGUUGCAUUAGUUCCAAACAUGUCGUCGCCGGAGCUCGUUCUCCGGCCCCAACCGUCGGACGAGACAUCAUGGAGGUUGUUCCUCCAUCAAAGGCUCAUUCUAGUUUGUUGCCUUUGGAUUCUAAAUCAUCUUUAGAGGAAAAUAAGAAUAGCAAGUUCAAUAAAAAUGCAUCCAAAAAAAGUAGUGGCUCAUUCAGCUUUAGAAUUGGGUUUACUCAAAGGCAUGUUGAAGCUGAACAAAAUGCUGCUGGUUGGCCUCCUUGGCUUACAGCUUCUGCUGCUGAAGCUGUUCAAGGUUGGAUCCCUCUCAAAGCUGAUUCUUUUCAAAAGUUGGAUAAGAUAGGACAAGGUACAUAUAGCAGUGUAUUUCGAGCACGCGAAGUUGAAACGGGAAAAAUGUUUGCUCUAAAAAAAGUGAGGUUUGAUAAUUACCAAGCUGAAAGCAUAAGAUUCAUGGCAAGAGAAAUAACACUUCUAAGGAGGCUUGACCAUCCAAACAUAAUGAAAUUGGAAGGAAUAAUCACUUCUAGAAUGUCAAAUAGCAUAUACCUUGUGUUUGAAUACAUGGAGCAUGAUCUUGCCGGCCUAGUUUCUCGUCCCGAUAUCGUUUUCACAGACUCACAGAUAAAAUGCUACAUGAGACAACUAUUAAGUGGACUCGAACAUUGUCAUGUUCGAGGUAUCAUGCAUAGAGACAUCAAAGUAUCAAAUAUCUUGUUGAACAAUGAAGGCGUUCUUAAGAUAGGCGAUUUCGGAUUGGCAAACACAAUUAGUCCUAACAAUAAGCAUCAACUAACGAGCCGCGUAGUAACGCUAUGGUAUCGUCCUCCCGAGCUCUUGAUGGGAGCAACUAACUACGGAGUUUCAGUUGAUUUAUGGAGUGUUGGAUGUGUAUUCGCAGAACUUUUUCUCGGAAAGCCUAUUCUUAAAGGGAGAACUGAGGUUGAACAAUUACACAAAGUUUUUAAGCUGUGUGGCUCUCCACCCGAAGAGUUUUGGAAAAAAACCAAACUUCCUCAUGCAACAAUGUUCAAACCUCAGACUAAUUACGAAAGCUCGCUUCGGGAGAGGUGCGCAGAUUUUCCUGAAUCGGCUGUAGGUUUACUCGAAACCUUACUAUCCAUCGAUCCUAGCAACCGCGGAACCGCCUCCUCCGCUCUAAUAUCCGAGUAUUUCAACACUAAGCCAUAUGCUUGUAAUCCAUCAAACUUGCCAAAGUAUACACCUAGCAAAGAAAUGGAUGCUAAAGGUUAUGAAGAAACAUCCAGGAAAAAGACGGGCGAUAAAAUGCGAGAGGCCGCAACAUCUAAAAGGCAACAAAGACGAAAUUAUAAGGAACAAAACAAUUUUGGUAAAUCAACUUCAAAAGAGAAUAUUUCUCAAAAUACUAGAAAAGAUGAUGGAAAAGCAAGUGUUUCAAAGGGAAAAGCAGGAUCUAUGAUUAAAGAUCACACUAAGACUUCAAUGGAUGCAAUGUUAGAGACCUCUCAAAAGCUCAAUGUUGUUGAUAGUAAUGGCUAUAGUGUACCGGUCCAAAUCAAAGGAGGGUCUAAUGAGUAUUCAUGGACAAAAAGAAGAAAACAAGAUGCAUCAUCCACAUUAUCAGAUGGAUCAAGAAGUAAAAUUAGUGCAUUGGAUCCUAACUUUGCAAAAGGAACAUAUGAUUUAACUAAACAAAGGGUUACCAUGGAUUUCGAUCCUAAGGAACUAACGAAUGCGCAGGGGAAAAAAGAAGAUCAAGGUGCAUAUUGGAACGACGGUGUGCGGCGCGCAGCUCGUAAAUCAAGGUUUGGAAGAGAUAUAUGAUUCAUGGAUCAUAACAUUGGAGUAAUUCAAAUCUCUCAAAGGAUGCUUGAAAGAACAUUGUAUGGCCAAUGGUGAAAUUUGUUAGCAUCAUCAUCUUGACCAUUUUAGCUUAUGAAAUUGGACUCUCUUGACAUCUUGGUGGAACACUAUUCUUCUUUUUCUCACAAAAUUUAAUUGUUCAUAUACAUGUAUCAUACCAAAAUGUAAAAAGAUAUGAUUAAAAAUGGAUUUUUUUUCUUCUUCUUGAAAGCAUAUCUAUAUAUCUUAUGAAUUGGAGGCUUAAUAUAAUGUGAAUUGGAAUUUUGAUGGGAGGGUAUCCAUUCCCUUAUA